GUCUCCCAGCCCCCUCUUUGUUUGGAUCAGGGAAUUUCAGACAUGCACACUGGGUUAGAGAAUCAUAUGAACAGAACCAGGACAGGGAGGCCAGCGGAGGUUCCUGCAGAGGGAGUGUCAAGGCCCCGUGCUGCUCUCCCUGGAAGCCGGCACGGUCGCCCAGCAUGCCCACUGGCAAGAGAGAGGAGACUGACCCACCUGCUCCCAUCAGCCUCUGAAGGUGACAUUGAACCCCAGGUGACCCCCUACUACCAAACAGGUGCCUGUGUUUGUUAGACAAACAUAACCAGGUCUGCGAACGCUUUAGCUCCAAAGUCCUUAGGUGCAAAGAGCCAGGACCAAGAUUCGUGCUGAUCAUCAGGGAUGGACAAAUUGCCAGAGAUGUGGUGCAUUGUCCUGUUUUCCCUUUUGACAUGGGUUUAUGCUGAGCCUACUAUGUAUGGGGAGAUCCUGUCCCCUAACUAUCCUCAGGCAUACCCCAAUGAGAUAGAGAAAUCUUGGGAUAUAGAAGUUCCUGAAGGGUAUGGGAUCCACCUCUACUUCACCCAUCUGGACAUCGAGCUGUCAGAGGACUGUGCAUAUGACUCAGUGCAGAUAAUGUCAGGGGUCCUUGAAGAAGGGAAACUCUGUGGACAGAGGACCAGCAAGAAUCCCAGCUCCCCAAUUGUGGAAGAGUUCCACGUCCCAUACAACAAACUCCAGGUGAUCUUUAGGUCGGACUUCUCCAAUGAAGAGCGUUUCACUGGGUUUGCUGCAUACUAUGUUGCCGUGGAUGUAAAUGAGUGCAAAGACUUUGUAGAUGCCCCUUGUAGCCACUUCUGCAACAACUUCCUUGGUGGUUACUUCUGCUCCUGCCCCCCAGAAUACUUCCUCCAUGAUGAUAUGAAGAACUGCGGAGUCAAUUGCAGUGGGGAUGUAUUCACUGCACUGGUUGGGGAGAUUGCAAGUCCCAAUUAUCCCAAUUCAUAUCCGGAGAACUCAAGGUGUGAAUAUCAGAUCCUGCUAGAGGAGGGGUUCCAAGUGGUGGUGACUAUGCGGAAAGAAGAUUUUGAUGUGGAGCCAGCUGAUUCAGAGGGCCACUGUGCUGACAGUUUAGUUUUUGUUACACGAGACCAACGAUUUGGUCCUUACUGUGGUCAUGGAUUCCCUGGGCCACUAAAUAUUGAAACCAAGAGUAAUGCUCUUGAUAUUAUCUUCCAAACUGACCAAGCAGAACAAAAAAAUGGCUGGAAGCUUCGCUACUAUGGAGAUCCAAUCCCGUGUCCUAAAGAAGUCACUGACAAUUCUGUUUGGGAGCCUGAGAAGGCAAAAUAUGUGUUCAAAGAUGUGGUGAAGAUAACCUGUAAGGAAGGGUUUGAAGUUGUACAGGUAAAUGUUGGCUUGAAAUCUUUCUAUUCUACUUGUCAAAGCAAUGGAAAGUGGAGUAAUUCCAGACUGAAAUGUCAACCUGUGGACUGUGGCUCUCCUGAACCUAUUCAGCAUGGUAAAGCCGAAGAUCCAGAACAUACUUUAUUUGGUUCUGUCACUCGCUACACUUGUGAGGAGCCAUAUUACUACAUAGAAAAUGAAGAAAGUGGGGAGUAUCGCUGUGCUGGCAACGGGAGCUGGGUGAAUGAGGUGCUGGGCACAGAGCUGCCAAAAUGUGUUCCAGUCUGUGGCGUCCCCACGGAGACCUUUGCAGAAAAGCAGAGGAUAUUUGGAGGAUCCUUUGCAAACAUUGAAAGUUUCCCCUGGCAAGUCUUCUUUUUGAACCCAAGGGCUGGUGGGGCUCUCAUUGAUGAGUACUGGGUGCUGACAGCUGCUCACGUUGUGGAGGGAAACAAUAACCCAGUAAUGUAUGUUGGGUCCACCUCAGUGGUCACCUCGGAUCUGGCAAAUGCCCAGACGCUCACUGCUGAGCGUGUGUUUAUUCAUCCGAGUUGGCAAUUUCUGGAUGCCCCAGAAACACGGAAUAAUUUUGACAACGACAUUGCGCUGGUGCGACUGAAAGAUCCAGUGAAAAUGGGACCCAAGGUCUCCCCUAUCUGCCUGCCAGGCACCUCCUCAGAAUACGAUCUCUCAUUGGGAGACCUGGGACUGAUCUCAGGCUGGGGCCGAACAAAGGGAAGAGAUAAUGUUAUCAAGCUCAGAGGGGCAAAGUUACCCGUUGCUUCCUUAGAAAAGUGCCAGCAGGUGAAAGGGAAUAAUCCCAGAGUGAAUACAAAUGCCUUUGUUUUCACUAAUAAUAUGAUCUGUGCUGGAGGAGAGAAGGGCGUUGAUAGCUGUGAAGGGGACAGUGGUGGAGCCUUUGCUAUACAGGACCCCAAUGAAAAGACCCCCAAAUUCUAUGUAGCCGGCCUGGUGUCCUGGGGUCCCCAAUGUGGGACCUAUGGGAUCUACACACGAGUGAAGAACUACAUUGACUGGAUAAUGAAAACUAUACAGGAAAAUAGUACCCACAGUGUGCGCUAAUUCAUGCAUAUAUUCUAGCCUCUCCAAAGGCUAAGACCAAUCUGUUGCUUACCAUUCCUUACAAUGUUCUCAUUGUUUCACCAUGACUGAGAGAAGACAUGAGAGUAUGAUUUAAAUAGAACUUGAUUGUUGGGAUACCUGGCUGCAGGUAGUGUUUGAUCAUGACAUUGUGUUGGUCAUUCAGUGUGGUCUGAAUCUCCCCUGAAUACCUACUAUGGAUAACAACAUGGCAAGGGCUCUCCUAUCUUGCACUAUUCCAGAGGGAGUCCCUUUUCCUGAUGAUUGCCUGGUGUUACAGUUCUGAUUCUGAAAUUUAUUGUUGGGCAUACCCUUGAUUUUUUGUUUCCCCUUACCUGCUUGAAGUUCCAUUUACUUUAUCAUUCUCACUGUCUGCUAUCUACUUGUAAUAAAGCAAGUUUAUAACCAGU